GACUCUCCUCCCUCUCCUCCCCCCUCCUUUCCCUCUCUCCCUCCGUGUGUCAAAUUCUCGACCCAUGGUGCUCAGGCUCCCUGUUUCUCAGUUUUCCUCCAGGAUGGGUUUCUUCAGGUUCCUCAGGUCUGUUAAGAACGACUGUAUCCUCUUUUUAACUCCGUGCGCUCUCCUUCCUCUGCCUUUGGUGAUCGGGACAUCGGAGGCAGAAUGUGCGUAUGUGAUCAUCUUGAUGGCGGUGUACUGGUGCACUGAGGUACUUCCACUGGCUGUGACAUCACUUCUCCCAGCUGUUCUUUUCCCUUUGUUUGGCAUAAUGCAGUCUAAAGAUGUGGGCAUGCAGUACUUGAAGGACACCAACUUGCUGUUUGUGGGAGGCCUGCUGGUCGCCGUGGCGGUGGAGCACUGGAAUUUGCAUAAACGCAUCGCUUUAAGGGUGCUGCUUCUCGUCGGUGUGCGUCCAGCGCUGUUGAUGCUGGGUUUUAUGGGUGUCACUGCGUUCUUGUCGAUGUGGAUCAGCAACACGGCUACCACAGCUAUGAUGGUGCCAAUUGUCCAUGCGGUGCUGGAUCAGCUUAACAACAGUGACAGAGAAGUGCCACAGAUCCUCAGUUCAGACGAGCAUGUCCAGACAUCAGACACCGACUGCAAGCCACCUGCGCAGACAGAAAAAGAGGCUGAGGGAAACGGCCCAGUGGUUGUGACUUUCUUAGAUGCCUCAGUCGAAGUUGCCAGGCACAAGGAGGCAAUGGAGAGGCGAAGAAUGGGUAAAGGGAUGACCUUGUGUGUUUGCUACGCUGCCAGCAUCGGAGGCACCGCCACUCUGACAGGAACUGGUCCCAAUCUGGUGCUUAAGGGACAAAUGAACCAGUUGUUUCCUGAAAAUGAAGAAGUGAUUAACUUUGCCUCCUGGUUCGGAUUUGCGUUCCCAAACAUGAUCCUUAUGCUGACACUAGCCUGGCUCUGGCUGCAGUUUGUCUUCAUGGGGUUCAAUUUCAGAAAAACAUGGGGCUGUGGGGCAACCAAAACAGAAAAGGAGAUUGCUGCGUAUAACGUGAUCCGUGAGCAGCACCGUCAGCUGGGGACUAUGAGUUUUGGAGAGAUAAGUGUGUUGAGUCUCUUUGUUUUGCUGGUAGUCCUUUGGUUCUCCAGAGAUCCGGGUUUUGUUCAUGGCUGGGCUACAGAACUAAACUCCACAGCAGAAUAUGUGACAGAUGCCACAGUAGCGAUCUUUGUGGCCAUUCUGCUCUUUGUCCUACCCUCUGAACCACCGCGAUUCUGUUCACGCAGGACCCGAAGUUUUGAUACAACUACGCAACAGUCCUCUACCUCAACACCCCGACUUCUAACUUGGAAAGUUGCCCAAAAAAAGGUGCCAUGGGGCAUUGUACUUCUCCUUGGGGGUGGGUUUGCUCUCGCCAAGGGGAGUGAAGUAUCAGGGCUCUCAAAGUGGAUGGGGGACCAAAUGGCUCCUCUGCAGAACAUCCCUCCCUGGGGAAUAGCUAUCAUUUUAUGCCUAUUGAUUGCUACUUUCACGGAGUGCACCAGCAAUGUGGCGACUGCGACACUGUUCUUACCUGUCUUAGCCUCAAUGUCUCAGUCCAUUGGAAUCAAUCCGCUGUACGUCAUGGUACCCUGUACUCUGAGCGCCUCGUUCGCCUUCAUGCUGCCCGUCGCCACCCCUCCCAACGCCAUAGUCUUCUCUUAUGGACACCUCAAGGUUGCUGACAUGGCUAAGACUGGGAUAGUUAUGAACAUUAUCGGCAUCAUUUGCAUUACACUGGCCAUCAACACCUGGGGCAAGGCGAUGUUUCACCUGGACACUUUCCCUGCCUGGGCCAACGUCACAGGCGUCUGAACGACUUCUGCGACCACACACCGUGUAUGCAUGCCCUCCUCCCCCAGACCCCGUCGCCGGGUGACAAACACCUGAAACCAGAUUGAAAGCAUGGGACCAAACAGUGAGCUUAAUGUGUUGUACCGCUGUCUGGAUUUUAUGAGUGUUUUGUGACGGAAAGUGGAGGGAAAUUUGACUGGAAAAGACACACGGCAAUAUUUAUACAUUACAACGAAGGGAUACUUGAAUGAAAGCCCCUGAUGCCUUAAAUUACAUGGCACAAACCAAAUGCUGUCUAUUAACUUAAAACCAGAAAAUAUGAAUUACCCUAGCAGCUAGUUCUGGUGGUGUAAUUGAAAACAAGUCUUAUAUUUUGUAGAAGGCAUUGAAUUUUUUCCUUUUUUUUAUUUUUUUGCAAACGUAGCCAGAUGUUUUUAGAAAUUCUUUAUUUUUAACAUACUGUAUAUACAUGGUCUUGCAAAAUUAUUAAAUCAGCUUCAGCUUUUGUCACCAAACCACAAACAUUGAUGUUUUAAAAUUGGAAUUUUUUUGUUAGAUUGAAACAAAGUAUCACGUAAUAUCUGAAGUCAAAUGAAAAUGCAACACGGUCUUAAAUUUUUGCUCUGAUUCUGGAAAGUGUGGAGUGAGUAUGUUUUCUGACCUGUGUGGUGUGUCUCUGUUCUCUAAACAACUGAACAUUAAAAUCACAUUAUUGAUGUAUAUACUGAAUAUAUAUGCCAUACUUUUAAGACUAAGGUAUGGCAUAUACUGCAGUUAUCUCCUACUGUGUGUUGAUCUAUCAAAGAAAAAGUUUGUGGCUGAGAUAUGACAAAAUCUAAAAUUGUUAAAGGGAUAUUAAUAUUGUUGCAAGGCACUGUAAUUUAUUCUCAAGGAAGCAUUGUAUACUUAAUAUUUUUUAUGUAAUUCACUAAGCAAAUUUUCCUGUUUUAUUACUUAUAAGGUCUGACAACCUCAUUCUUCUUUCUCUUCUAACUUGGAAUUUACACUGAAAAGUCUACAUAUGUUUUUAUUGCUGGUGUAUAUAAAUUUUCCCCCAGUGCGACCAAAUGAAAUACUAAAAUUCCUUUUUUAAAUGUAAAUAAAUUUCAGAUCAUAUUCAAGACACUGUGACAAGAACAAUUCAACUUUAUAAGCACUUUUAAACUAUCAAAUGCUGCAUCUCCAGUACUGUUAUACAUGUUUAGCAUCUGAUUUUGCCACCUUCCUUUAAAUUAAAGCAUAUUCCACCCGUGAGUGUUUUAAGCUUCUAUUUUCUGAAUAUGGUAAAUAUUAUGAAGGUUAUCAAUGAGCUUGGUGUGUUUGUUAUGUGGGAAAAUGUGUAAGUAUAUAUGAGACUUUAUUAAAUAAAUGAACCCAAGCACCAUUUGGACUUGAAAAGCCUAUGUUAAAAGUCUUAUUUGUCUCACUGUAAUUGUGAUUUUGAU